UGCACCUUAAAGGUUGGAAGCGAUCCGCCAACCCGAAGAAGAAGAGUCACGUUACGACGCACGCUGGCAUGAGAGAAACAAAUAAACAUCUUUAGCAACUUUUUAAACCGAUUCAAGCAUGGACGCUCAAAAAGACGUGCAACCCCCCAAGCAACAGCCUAUGAUCUACAUCUGUGGGGAAUGCCACACAGAAAAUGAAAUUAAGGCUCGUGAUCCAAUCAGAUGCAGAGAGUGUGGAUACAGAAUCAUGUACAAGAAGAGAACAAAGAGAUUGGUCGUGUUUGACGCUCGGUGAAGUCGACGACGACAUUGACUAGGCACAUUGUUAUGUUUGUUUUUGGGGUGUCACAGUGUAAAUAAAUUUGAUUACAAAUCACCAAA